AUGGGUGACAAAGGCGAUUGGGGUGAUUUCUUUUUGAAGCAUUUGAUUGAUUUAAAAAAUUAUGCCACUGGACUUGGAUGGGAUGCGGCUAAGGGAACUGUUGAUUGCCCCCAGGAUUGGUGGGAUGAACACCUUGCUAGGUGCAAUAAUCGUGAAAAAGGGCUUAAAUGCAAUCAUGUGAGGUUCAGAAAACAAGGACCGAAGUACCUUGAUGAUCUUGAUCUGAUUUUCGGCAAGGUACAUGUGACUGGGGCCACUGCAGCUUGUCCUGGUGAUAUAUCUUCGGAUGAGAGUGAUGAUUGCGUGGCCGAGGUGCCAAAACCUCCACCUAAAGAUGAUGUCAAGCUGGCUGAUUUGAAGCAAAAAGGGAAAAAGAAACGCAAGAGCUCCUGUACUAUUGCUGAAAGCAAAGAAGAAAAGAGUCCAUUUUAUCGAAUGUACAAAAACACAUGUUUGAAGAUAGAAAGUGCAGCAGAUAGGAUCUCUAGUGCAUCUGCCACCUCAGCUUCUCCCACUAAUGUUGUCCCCACUAUUGGAGAGGCUAUGAAGAUGGUCGAAGAGUGUCGGGUGGAAGAAGGAACUCCUCUAAUGCACACUGCCACCAUGCUGAUCAUGAAGCCUGAAUUUAGAGAGGUCUUCAGCCAUCUGAAAACAAACAAAGGAAGGUUGGAUGUCCUUGAGAGAGAGCAUGAGAAGGAGAUGAGGCGCUAG